CAAAUGGAUCUAGGCAUGGGUCGGACCUGUUCUCGGACUCGGCUCACGAAGUUUGGGCUAUGACGGGUCGGAACCCGAACCCAUGAGUGGCAGGUCGGGUUUGAAAUUUUCAAAAUUUCCUUACGAGUCUGUGGAUCGGGCUCUUGCCUCUCGCGAGCCUAACCCGUAUUUAAUGUUUUUUUGUUUUGGUUUUUUUGGUAGUUUUAGACUAAAAAACAAAUAAAAGAGGCGUUCGACCCGCGAGCCAGCCCACAGGUCAUAUAGGUGGGCUCGAGUCGGGUUUGAAAUAAAAUUUCUUGACUGUGGUAGGCCCACGACCCAUGUAGCGGACAACAAUUUGGGUCCGCUCGACCCGACCCAUAUCCGCCUAUAAUUAUAAAUGGAGUAGGACUUUGGUUAAUAAAAAAAUAUCUUUUUCUUUUUUUUUUUUUAGGAAAAAGUUGAGACUAAAAAACAAAUAAAAGAGGCGUUCGACCCGCGAGCCAGCCCACAGGUCAUAUAUGUGGGCUCGAGUCGGGUUUGAAAUAAAAUUUCUUGACUGUGGUAGGCCCACGACCCAUGUAGCGGACAACAAUUUGGGUCCGCUCGACCCGACCCAUGUCCGCCUAUAAUUAUAAAUGGAGUAGGACUUUGUUUAAUAAAAAAAUAUCUUUUUCUUUUUUUUUUUUUUAGGAAAAAGUUGAAAAGAUUUUUUUAAAGGAAAAACUCACAAAGAAAAAAAACGAAGGGGAGGAAAUCAGGAAAAACUACCACCAAGGUUGGAAUUUAUGUCCAAUCUGGCAGAGUGACUGAGUGACGUAAGUCUCCUGGGUGGGUGCUACUGUGCUAGUGUGUGCUAGAAGUUCGUUUUUUUUUUUUAUCAUUCUUCCUCGGAGAAUAAUACUCCAAUUCAUUUUAAUGUGAAAUUUUGGUGUUUUAGCUUAAAUCAUUUUUACUUAAACCCCAAAUUUUGUCAUUUUUGUGUGAGCCAACCUUUUUUUUUUCUAUGACUAAAACGGCAUUUUGAUCUUCUGGGUUUUUUCCAUCAUCUUAAGCCCCCAAAACCAUGAGAAACCCAGUUCGUUCUACUCCCUUAAAAUUAAGCUUCUUUCUUCUUUUCUUUUUUCUCUCUUCUUCUUCUUCUUAAUGUGAAAUGUGGGUGCUUUACAUGCAGGUUAAGAAAAAUAAGUUAAGGGACGAGAAAAUCAACAAGGAAAAUCGUGGGAAGUUAAAAAGGUUGAGGGCUAAUAAGAUUAGGAGGAAAUAUUUGCGUCUAUAUCAGGUCUUAGGGAAAUGCCGUAUGGUUCAAGUUAAAAGAGUUCAAUCAAAGAUGAUUAUUGAACAUCCUGCUACCAUCAGUACCAUGAAACAGUUGCUGGAAUCGCACGUUUCGGGGGGUUACAAUUUGGCACUUCCUACGCCGUUUUGUAGGGCGCAUUUACCACCAAAAGAUACUAUUAUGGUACUUGAGACAAAAACUGGAGAGCAGUAUGAAGCCAAGUAUCUGGCUAGACAUUUUAGACUCAGUGGUGGCUGGAGAAAGUUUGCCAGGGAUAACAAAUUGGAAGCAGGGGAUGUUGUUGUAUUUACCUUAGUUGAAGCUACCAAAUUCAAGGUAUAUAUCAUCAGAACAUCUGCUAAUGAAGUUACUCUGCCUGUUCAUCUCCUGAAUCCCGUCAAUCAUGUAAAGCAAAGCGUUUCAAGCCAAACAACCAACCAAAAGCUUAUUAUCUAUAGGAGAGGGAAAGAACAUCAAGUAGCAGAAAUCUACAAUAGGAGAAGUCUAAGACUCAAGUUAAAAAAUGCUGGAGCAGGGUCCAUGUUAUAUCCUGGGGAGAUACUUUUCAGUAAUAUCACAAACUUUGAAGAUUUCAAAGCUAUCAUGCACGAGUUGCUUCAAAACCACAAGCUGCCUUACAGUACCCUGCAUGAUUAUUAUGAACUCUGUUGUAGUCAGAAUGCCUUUCUUCAUGCUCAUCUAUUGAAAGGAAUCAACCCCACGUUGAAUUAUCAGAUCAUUACUGAGGCCAUUAAAAGAAUUAUCUUCGAAACUGUCAGUAUAGCCAAUGCUUUAAAAACUUGCAAGCUCUCUACCUUCCUCUAUAAGUGUUCGCUAUGGGAAGAUACCUUGAAUGCCUAUGAAGGUCUCGGAAUGAAUGUUGGCUUCCUCCUUGCUCGUCUACACCACUUGAGGAGCCUUGUUUUCAGCUUAGAAGGCGCAGCAGAUCACAGGAGCCGAUAUAAAGAAGCAUCUCAUGAACGUGGACUUGCAGAAGGUGAAGUAAAGAAACUUAAACUAGUACUUGCUAAGUUAAGGAAGGUUUCUGAUGACAUGAAGCUUAAGCCUCUUGAGGAUAAAUACAGAGAAGGGAAUUCCUGGCUUGCGUGUGUUCAAGCCGAGAUAACUAACCUUGAAGUUUUGCUUGCGGAAUUACAGAAGUUUUUCUCUCAAUAUGAUGCUCACAUUGAGUCCUUAAAGUUGAAUGCGAAGAGACAUGAGUUUGAGUUUCGGGAAGAACUGAGUGCCCCUUGGUGAAACACACUCAACAUUGGUAAUAGUAUGCAUUAGUAUUAUCCUCCUUUUACAUGUUUGGUUAUCCAGGAAAUUCAAAGCUUAAUCACUACAUAGUCCAAUAGUCCAUACACUCUAAAAUGAAGAGAUUAUACUGAUGUUCUGCAUGUCUGGUUGUUUAUGUUUGUAAAGGUGAUACUGUGUAUAAAAGGUCCACUAAUGGUAAAUUUACUAACUCUAUUUCUUUUGUUAAA